AUGCCGCCCAAGAAGAAGGCGAACACACCCUUUCAGGAUGUCACGCGUAUGGUAGCGACCGCCGAGAACCGAAUGGCACGUGAAUCAAAUUCACCGGCCCUUCGCGAUCUUCAUGUAUCAGCAGACCAACCUCACGAAGCGCAUGAACGUCAGUGUCCCAAGCAGUCAAACCAGUGGACCCACCUCGGCCGCCUACUCACGAUCCAGAAGAGCAACCGCCUAGAGCCGAUGGAGUUCAGCGCGUUGCACAUCUACGCGCAGGUCGGCACGGUGACAGAUAUGCUCAACGUCGCGAUCGUGGACCAGGGCGAGUUCAACGACGAGGAGCACGAGUCGAAGUGCUACGACAAGCUGAACCCGGACGAGCAAGUCGUCGUCGUCCGCGAAAUUGUCGACAAUAAUCCGCUGGAAACCGACGCACCGCCGGUGCUACAUGGCGUGUGGGUACGACGUGCUCACACCGCACUAGAUGAGGAGAUCGAUCAGCUCGAGGCACUGAAGAAGUAUUAUCACAACGACGAGAUUCCGCGCCCAGCCAUUGACUCGCACGACUAG